AUGUCUGAUCAUCAAUACCAAUUCAACGUCAAGAUGUCUUGCGGUGGGUGUUCUGGUGCCGUUACCAAGGCCUUGAACAGAUUAGAAGGUGUCAAGGGUGUCAAUGCCGAUUUGAAGACCCAGCUCGUGGACGUUACUACUGCGAGAGAAGUCAGCUACGAUUCGGUGCUCGCUGCCAUUAAGAAGACCGGGAAAGAGGUGGUCAGUGGCAAGACCGUUGCUUAA